GGACCCGGCCCGGCUGUGACUGUCCCCGGCUCUCGCCGCCCCAAGCAUGCUGCGGCUGGUCUGCCUGGUGCUGCUGCUGCUGCUGCAGAGCCGCUCCGCCCCGGCGGCAGAGGAAUACAGCCUGGAGAUAACCAACAAUGGCCCCAUCACAACAGGAGCUCAAGCCACUAUUUAUGCCAGUCUAGGUGUGAAGAAUAAGAGUGUCACCUCAAACUUCUAUCAGUUUAGUUGGAUUUAUGCUCCUUUGAUUCUGAUAGAGAAAUCUGAGCAGCAGUUUAACUCCAUGAUUAAUGUGACUGGUGAAUUUCCUGGGACUUUUCCCAUCUCUGUCUGGGUGACUCACAGGAACUGUUGGUUAUGUCGGCCCCUUGCUAGAAAUGAGACCAAGCUUCAGCUUACAGAAUUUAUCACAGGAAAUCUUACCAUUGCCCAGAUAGAAGACAGAUUUAUCACACGUGGUUCUAGCUCCUCCAUGGGCACCAUGACCCGGAUUUCUUUCUGUCUUCAUGACCCAAGUCAUUACUUCAAGUCAGCAUCAUUUGUCUACAACUGGAAUUUUGGAGAUGGAGUUUCUCAGAUCACCAAGGAACCCUACGUCUACUACAACUGCUCUCCCAUGGGGAACCGCACAGUGCACCUGAAAGUUGUAGCUGAAUGGGAACAAGUUGGAAGCAUUGCACAUGAAAGAGAAACAGUGCAGAAAACUGGUGAUUUUACCACUGCUCUGGAACUUUUAGAUGCUGUUAGAGGUAUUAAUGUAGUGGGCUCCAGAGAGACUCAUGUAAUGGAAAACUUGAGUUUAUCUCUUCAUAUUAAUGGCACCCCACCGCUGGCGUUAUGCUGGCUGAUCAAGUCCGAGUGCAUUCCACUUGAAAGUGACAAAUGCCAUCUGGUGGUGAUUAAUGGCUCCUGCUACAACCUCAGCCAGACCUUCAGUGCCGCGGGGCAGUACUGCCUCAGUGUGCGGGUGGAGAGCGGGGUGAGCAUGCUGCAGACCUACCAUGAAAUCAAAGUGUGGCCAACAGGGAUCCACCCAGCUCUCUUUGUCCUGCUCUGCAUCACUCUGGUUUCAGCGAUGUUAGGACUGGUUCUGUACACGACCUUUCGGAGUAACACACAACAGAAAGAUCUCGUGGAGGUAGCUGACUUUGACUUUUCUCCACUGUCUGACAAAAACCUGUCUUAUCAUUCAGAGUCACGCUGCAGCCAAAUAUGUUGCAGAUCAUGUUGUCUUUGGUCAUCUCAAGAAGCUGCCAGGGAGAGCCAUGAACUUCUACAUUCUUUUUACAAGCCAGUCAAAACGUACACAAUGUGA